GAAGAAAAGCAAACAGCAGUUGAUUUACUUCGAUCUAUUUAGAGUUUGGUUUUCCAUUCAAGAUUUGCAAUGGGUAGCCCAGAACAAGAGCUCUGUCCACCGCCAUCAGAAGAGGAUGAGUUAACAUUACCUAGAGCAAGUAUUAACAAAAUGAUAAAGGAGUUGGUUCCAUCCGUUAGGGUUGCAUUUGAGUCUAGAGAACUAAUACUUAAUUGUUGCACCGAAUUCAUACACUUGCUCAGCUCUGAGGCCAAUGAAGUUUGUAAUCAGAGUAAUAAGAAAACUAUCAAUGCCGAACAUGUACUCACAGCUCUUGAUAGGUUGGGGUUCAAUGACUACACAAUAGAAGCAGAGGCAGUGCUAAAAGACUGUAAGGCCGUAGCGGCCAAGAGAAGAAGGCAGAGCACCCGUUUGGAAAACCUUGGAAUUCCAGAAGAAGAAUUACUCAGGCAGCAACAGGCACUAUUUGCAAAAGCUCGUGAAGAACAAGCAAAGCAGGACCAACAGCAAUGGCUGCUGCUGCAACAGCAGGGACUAGUGGGCUCUGAUGUGACGGCACAGCCUUACGUACCCCCACCCACUGGACCCAAGGGUGACAUGGAUGAAGAUGAUGACUACUCAUAGGAUCAAUGUUUAUUUCUAACAUGUGAUAUGUCAAUAUUGUGUGGUUAAUUUAAUAUUUUUACUAGAAUUUGACAAAUAAUCAAUUACUUUGCAUCUAUCAAAAUAUGUUAUACCUAUCUAUCUAUGGAAUUUGUGUUUGCUGAUUGGAACACUAAGAUAUGUUUAUAAAUUUUAUAAUGUAUGUUGCUAGACUUACCCAUUCAUCGUCAUUAAGUAUCAGAGUUACCAUACCACAAUAAGACUAAAGCAAGAAAUAUUUAUGUCAGCCUCAUAACUAUAAGUAUCUAUUAGCUAAGGAAACUUGGAUCCCAAAUUCAUACUCCAUUUUUCCACUUUUAAAAUGAUAAUCAAUUUUAAAUAAAACUGCAAAGUUAUAAAUAAAAAGUGCCCUUGAGCAAGGGUCGACACCUGUAUUUUCUUCAUACAAAAAAUACCGGUAUUAUUACGUUCUUUUUCGUACUUUGGUUUAUUAUUUUAUGUUGAAUGGAACAAUCUAAUAAUACGAAGUUGUUACCUAAAUUGAUGAUUCAGUCCUACUUAAAGAGCAUUAAAUAAUUAAAAAUAUUGGGCUAUUUCGGGUUUAAUAAAACCGGUUCCGAGCCCUGCCCUUGAGUGUGCUUGAUGUAGAAAUACCUACAGAGUUUCUGUGAAUGGGGAAAAAGUAAACAAAUAAGACUGGUUUUGGUUUGUAACCAAUAUGUUAAAUUUACUAUUUAAUGAAAUGUUUUUACUGAAAUAUGAUCCUUUAACUAAAAUAGGAAUGAAAAUACAAAGUUUAAUUGAUGAUAUUGAUAGGACCAUGUUCACUCUCUAAAGGUAAUGUAUAUUCCGUGUAAGUGUACCUCCUAGUGAGUAUUAUAUUCUUUGAAGUGUACACAGUUGUGUAUUUAGACUUAUGACAGUUCUUAAGCUUAUUCUAUUACCUUUAUUUUUUUGUUAUUUUGUACUGGGAUCUCUUGAAUCUAGACUGUCAAUACAAUAAAUCAAAACUUGUCACUACUGU